AUGAAUAUACUUGAUGACAGUGCCGAUGUCUGCUCGAUUCUUCCGUCUUUGGCCCCGCGAUUGUUGAAGAAAGUAGACUACAUCGAUACAAUCUACACCUACUUGGACAGACAAAGUGCCAGGGCAAAAAAAACACAUGACAUGGUAUUGGCAACACGUCUUCGCAAUAUAAGUGACCAAUUGAGACGAUUGGACUCAGAUAACAUCAAGGAAAAGAAGGUCAUAUGCGUAGACCCAGACAAAACCGUGCUUCUAGCAUACACGUUCGGAACCAUGUACUCUGAAGCACUUGCACUUGUCAGUGGUCACGGAAUACGUACGGAAGUGUUUGAUGAUACCAAGGAUUUGAGUGAUCUGGAGGUCUGGGCGCUUUCCAAAGAGUACUUCCUCAAUCGAGGCAAGACUCCAGUUUUUGUUCGAGUAUUAGAGAAGCCUGUGGUAGAAUCCGUGGAGAUGGCAGAGGAUUCCAACGUUUAUCUUCAACUACGCCGCAUGCUUGAGCAAAUUGAGCUCACACUUAAUCUCACCACGUUUGCCGUGGAACCUGGCACUGAAUGGGUGCAAAAUGUCACGCGGGAUCAUUCCCAUGCUGAAGUCACUGUUAAUGUCUACAAUUGGUAUUGUUCUUGUAUGGAAUUCACUGAGCAGAUCUCACGGCCGCAUAAUGCUACGAGUCAGGAUAUUCUCGACAAAAUCUCCGAUCCCGUAAUGGCCAACUGGUUUGGUCACAGUAUGUGCAACCACAUCACUCCACUCCCACUAUGUAUGCACUUACUAGCAGUGGUGUUAACGGUUUACAACAUGGAGGCGGCGGAAAUUGAUGGGGGCCAGAUACGAGAGGUAUAA